UAUGACACCGAAGGAAGGUAUGUCCCGGUUAAUCUCGAGAAUAUAUUUAGCAAAUACGCGCAAACGGUUAAGGAUAAGUUAUCAUUUAAAGAGGUUUGGAAUUUAACUGAGGGAAAUCGAAUGGCAAUGGAUCCUUUUGGAUGGCUUACAAAUAAAGUUGAAUGGAUACUACUCUAUGUUCUUGCUAAGGACGACGAAGGUUUCCUUUCUAAAGAAGCAGCGAGAGGUUGCUUCGAUGGAAGUUUAUUUGAAUAUUGUGCUAAAAAGAAGAAAGAGAGAGCCAAUUCUCGCAAACAAGACUAGAAAUUUGUAAAGCUUUUUGAAUAGAAGCAUUGUGUAAUUAGCUUCGUCUUGUUACUCAAUUUAUGGAUUUGUAUAAUACGUUUCUAAUC